GAAAGCACCCUGUUAGCUUUAUGCAAAUCUUGAGAACUGUUAGGCAAUAAUGGUUGACCCUGGUUAUUAUACUGGUGUUGGAAACAAUUUAAACUGAACAGCACGAGAGAGAAACGCUCCAAGUUGGGUAUAAAACACCUUGCUUCAACGGAAGAAGUCGACACAGCUCUGGAUUCGAUGAAUGAUGAUUUACGAGAUGGGAAAUCGCAGUGGUGCGUGUCAGUUGACACAAAAACACAUCGAGUGACUAUUCCAAGAGCUGGCAAGACGUUUAAGAUUUGAUGACCCUGUUAUGUGUAUGCAAUAUUUGCGAACUCUCAGGCAAUAAUGGUUGACCCUGUUUGUUAUACUAGUGUUGGAAACGUUUUAACCUGAACAGCACGGGAAAGAAACGCGCCGAGUUGGGUCAACACACCCUGCUUCAAGGAAAGAAGUCAACACAGCUCUGGUUUCGAAGAAUAAUGCCUCAUGAGAUCGAUGGGAAGUCGGAGUAGCGCGUGUCAGUUAACGCAAAAACACAUCGAGUGAUUAUUCUAGAACUGGCAAGACGUUUAAGAUUUGGUUUUGAAUUUUAAUAAAGUGAUUCUACCUAGAGAAGGGGGAUGAAACGCAAGGUUUUACAAACUUCGACGAGUAUAUCCUCUACGUAAUACAAACGAGAAGAAUUAAAGGGUGAUACGGAGGGCAGCUUCCGUUAAAAAAAUUUUAUGGAAAUUAAAUGUCUGUGCGCGCAACAUCUCAAAAGGUUCUGGUUGUUGUUCAUUGUCACUUUGUUCCUUUGCACAUGGGUCAUCAUUGAAAGACUGGACAAACCUGCAAUAUUGAGACCUCUUUUUUAUGCUCCUCAAAAAGAUAACAUCUAUGAGAUAAAUUCUACCUCUUGGCUCGAAGAAGUCACCGUCUAUGACAUAAAACAUUGGCAGGAGAAAUUCUACACUUCGUUGGCAAAAAUACGAAAACGACCUCCAAAAAAAUGGAAAUCAAGUCUCACCAGGAUUAUGGCCUAUAAUGUGUACAAUCAAGGGUUGUUAGACAACCUAACACAAAUCAAACUGCCAAGAGAAGAACUUAGACGAAGUGUGCACCUCGCAACGAAUAACGGUUUGUUGCUGUUUCCAGAGAUAGCCUCAUGUAAGCCUAUAUUACCUGACGUGGUUCUUUAUAACAGAAUAUUUAAGACAGGAAGCGAAACGACAGGCGCGUUGUUAGGUUUCUUGGGCUACGUGAUGGAUUAUUUCUACACCAAACAAACAACAGAAGAUUUCUAUGACCAAGGCAUCUCUGCGCCAUAUCCAAUGAUUAUUGAACGUAAAGUCAGCGGAUCAAAUCGACUUGUGCUUUUUAAUGCACACUUUUUCUUCAGAAACAACUUGGACUUAAAACUGCGAUCUCACACGUACAUUAAUCAAGUUCGUGAGCCAGUUGCUAGAUUUUUAUCGCAUUACUCUUACAUGCGCAGUACAAACCGACCUAAGGAUCGAAUACAACAGAUGAUUGACAGCGGCGAAUGGACCGAGACUAUCGAAGAAUGCUUCGAAAAACAAAGCCAAGGUUGCAAACGUAAUGUUAUGACGCGUUUUUUCUGCGGAACGGACAGAUUUUGCAAGAGUGACGCGCCUAAAGCGCUCAUUAAAGCGAAGGAAAAUAUCUUGCAACAUUACGCCGUGGUUGGUUUGCUGGAACAUUAUCAAAUAACGUUGAAAAUUCUACAAAGGCGACUGCCGUUUUUUGUUCCAGUUGUACCAAGGAACCCAAGCGAAUUGAGAGUGAAUGAGGGUGUUAGAGGCAAGAACGUCUCCAUUACUGAUGAAAUGAUUUCGAAAAUAAAACGAGCAAACUGGGCUGACAUGGAGCUUUACGAUUUUAUAAAAGAGAGAUUUUGGAAACAAGUGCGGGCUUGUGGGUUGUCGUAAUCGGGUUGUGGGUUGCCGUAAUCGGCAAUUCUCCCUUCUUGCGCGCAUACCUCAACUUGUAUUGCCGGUUUUCAUUGUCACACCAUCAUCAAAACCAUUCAACAAAUAAAGUCAAGAAUUAAAGAGAGAAAAUAAGAUGAAUAGUCAAACAUCCUCGCGAAGAUUCAUGUAUCAGCGAUGUUCCGUGCGGGAGAUAUUCGAGGAAAUGCUUUGCAUUUGUGUGGAAACGCCAUGUUUGUUUCCCUCUAGAGGGCCCAAAUAUGGCGGCCGGAAGCUAACGAAAACAUGUGUCAUCGAGGUUUGCUAUAGAAAGCCUUUAGUUGUCUUCUGAGGGCCCAUAGACAUCUAAAUGAGUACUUACUUUCGCACAUGGACUGUCCACAUUGCGAAAUCUUAGCAGAUAAGUCACUUUUUUUAACCUAAGUGACAGCAUUUUGAUAUCGUGUCACCCAAAAGCUAAGAAAUUCAACCUUAUCACCAGACAAAAAUCCCUUUCAAACUGAAAACUUGGAGAGAGUUAAGUCUUCUGUUGUAUUAACUAGCUAAGCUAUAUCUUAUGGGGAUUGAUAAUUCCUUAUAUUUUUAUCUUGAUGACACCACGUCACGUGAAAACCUAGUAUUGAGAAACGAUACACACAAAGGCUGAUCAGUUUCUCUAUAUACCGUCUUUAUUCCAUUAAGUGCCCAACCUCGAAGACUUCUGCGAAGACCAAACAAUGAGUUGUUAGUCCUGGGCAUAAAUCGAACAAUGAAUACUUACAAAUUAUAUGCUUUAAUAUUUUGUCAAGUUUUGUUCUAAGUUAUUGUUUUGUUACAAAAUAAACUUUUUACUUACUGAAAGUUGUGAAGGUUUAGCAAGCGCCCAGUCUCGAAUAAGCGCCCACCUCAAAUAAGCGCCCACCUCGAAUAAGUGCCCAUCCUGAAGUCCAAAAAUUAAUUAAGCGCCCUGGGCGUUUAAUCGAAUAAAUACGGUAUACUCAUUACUAAUUUGCAGCAUAAUUUCUUGGUAGUUUCGGGAGAAGGUGCAUUUUGAUCACUUCUUGGUGUGAACAGGUCUACGACUCCUUGUUAAAAUAUUGCUAAUUAUUUAUUUUCUAGUUAUAGUAGUUUAUAUACAGAAUUAUAAGAAUUAUCAAAGGAGAGCAAUUAUUCUGAAUAUAUGCAGCAUAACUUACGAAAGGAAUUAAAUUUUUUUAUAAUUUCUCUCA